AUGGAACUCUUUAGUCAAAUGUCAUUAAAUGAUAAUACCGAUCAAAAUGAACUCUCUGGGUUAUCAUCAUUAACUAUAUCUGAUGAUUAUCGUAUGACUAGCCAAAGAUUUAGAAGUCAUGAUGGGAAUGAAGGAUAUACCUAUAGUAAUGAUCAAAACCAAUAUAUAUCAUCCAAUUUAAACCCUUUGAAACAAGGGUAUGUUAAUACUUCUUUUAAUGUUGAUAAUAAUACAGGAUUAAACGAGAAUUUUAUAGAUAUAAAACCAAUGGAUUUAGGUAACCUUGAUCUAGACUCGGAUAUGGACAUAGAUGUGGAUGAUGAUUUGAACCUUAUGAAUCGUACAGGUGUAGCAAUUGAUUCAGAUUUAAUGGAAAGCAAAUCUGUUGGAGAAAUAGAUCCUCCGAUUAAGAAUAACACUACAAUAACUAAAGAGAUACAUGACAAAGAUGAACUGAGUUGUGAUGAUCUUGAACUUGAAGAGGAGCCACUUCACGAUUUAGGUCCUCUAGAGAAUUCUAAAGAUGAAAAAGAGAUAAUCAAUUUCGUGGGAAAGGUGUUAUUCACGCUUUAUUUUCACCAACUCAGCUCGGGUAUUGCUGCUGCCACAAGACACAAUAGUGUCAGUAUAAAUAAGCCUAAGCUUGAGCCUGGUGAUAACCAAACUCAACUUCAAGAAAAGCCAUUAUUGGAUACAAAUAUAAAUCAAACUUCAUCUGAGUCCUCCACUACUGCUACUAAUACCAAAAUACAUAACUCAGAAAAUGAUUCUUUCAAAGAAAAUAUUGAACCAGAUGGAAAUAUUAUUAUCGAUGCAUCAAGUGAUAGUAGAUCUAGUGAUUUGAAAUCAGACAAUGAGAGUAUAUUGAAAGAUUCAGCAAGAACUAAUUCAAAUAUAGAAAAGCCUUCCAUUUCCUUCCAAAAUUUGCCAACUUUAAAUUCAUUAUCCCCACGUUCUCUCUCACAGAGAGAGCAAAGAUACACUUAUCCAAAGGAUGAUAAUAAAAAUAAUUAUCCAUAUUCUAAAAAUAAUUUUAAUAAUUUAAAUGGUUUUGAAAAUGAGAUAAGGAAUAGAUUAAAUAAAGAACCAUUGCAAAUUUCCGUCAAUAAUUAUUAUAAUUUUAAUAAUUGGCCUUAUACUAAUAAUAAUGCUGAUUCAUAUUAUGGGAAUGUUCAUCCAAAUGAUAUGUUUAAUUUACCAAAUAGUCAUAAUUACGAUCAAUAUAAUAUUGAUUCUGAUCCUAAUGGUACUAUCACUAGGAAGUACAUUCUACCAUUUCCAUGGUCAAGAAAUUCUAAACCAAAUUCCAAAAAUUCAUAUGCAAUUGCUACUUAUUUGCAAUGGUGUUUAAAUUCAAUUACUUUAUUAUCAAUAUUUUCAUUUUUAUUGUCAUUUUUAAGAGCAAUUAAAGUUGAUAUGUCAUCUACCUGGGAACAUACCAAAUUACAAUUAGAAUAUGAAUCAACUAAUUGUAAAGUCCAAUAUUUGACAAAUCUUUGUGACAUAAAUGCUUCAAAGUUACCUGCAUUAACUGAAAAAUGUAAAGAAUGGAGUAUAUGUAUGGGAAGAAACAAUGAUAUUUUCUUUAGGGCCAGAUCAACUUUAAGCGCAAGAUUAUUUGGUGAUAUCAUUAAUUCAUUCAUUGAACCUAUUGGUUGGAAGGCAUUAUUCGUUAUUUUCAUUAGUUUAAUCAUUUGGUGUUUUAGUACAAAUUUCUUAUUAGGGUUUGCCAGAGCCAAGACAUAUUACGGUGAAGAAAAAGAAGUCAAACGUAUUGCCUCAAAGCCUAGUAACCCUGAUAGAUAUGCAAUUAAAUAUGAUUAA